CAUGCGACCAUGUAGUCAAGACUGACCUCUAUACAUAUCACCAUGGCACCCUCAUUAGAAGAGCCGACACAAGUCGACUUCGACGCGCCCCUCAAGGCUGCGCCGAAGCUCGUUGCGCCUGAGCCAGAGCACUGUCCUGGCCCCGAGUCGCAGCAAGCUGGACAAGCAGAUUCGUGCGCCGGCUGCCCAAACCAAGCCAUAUGCGCCUCCGCGCCCAAAGGCCCCGAUCCCGACAUCCCCCUCAUUACCGCCCGACUCUCCUCCGUAAAGCACAAGAUCCUCGUCCUCAGCGGCAAAGGCGGCGUCGGUAAAUCUACGUUCAGCACUAUGCUGUCCCACGGGUUUGCUAGUCAUCCAGACAACAUGGUAGGACUCAUGGACACGGAUAUCUGCGGGCCGAGCAUACCCAAGAUGAUGGGCGUGGAAGACGAGACGAUUCAUGUUAGCGGGGAGGGGUGGGAGCCUGUGUGGGUCAAGGAGAACCUAGGCGUGAUGAGCGUGCAAUUCAUGUUACCAGGGCGGGACGAUGCGGUGAUUUGGCGGGGACCAAAGAAGAACGGGUUGAUCAAGAAAUUCCUGAUGGAUGUGUGCUGGGGCGAACUCGACUUUCUCGUCGUGGACACUCCGCCAGGCACGUCGGACGAACAUCUCUCAGUCAACAGCUUCCUGAAAGCGAGUGGCGUGGAUGGUGCCGUCGUCGUCACCACCCCUCAAGAAGUGUCCUUGCUCGAUGUCCGGAAAGAAAUCGACUUUUGCCGUAAAGCCAGCAUACCGAUACUGGGCAUUGUGGAGAACAUGUCUGGCUUCGUCUGCCCGGGGUGCAAGCACGAGAGCCAGAUUUUCAGACCCAGUACGGGCGGCGCGAGACGGCUGGCGGAAGACGAGAAUAUACCGUUCCUGGGCGCUGUACCGCUGGACCCACGGAUAGGCAUGGCUUGCGACUUUGGAGAGUCUUUUUUGACGGCGUAUCCGGACAGUCCGGCGUGCGCUGCGAUCAAGGAGGUGGUGAGGAGAGUGGGGGAGGAGAUGGGGCUGACGAGCGAGGAGGUGCUGCCUGAGGAUGAUGAUGAGGUUGAGGAGUAGGGGUCACGCGUGUAUGCGAAAUGAUUACCAAGAUGAUGGAGUUGGAGUCUUUGGAUUAAGCUUACGUGCAUUUGGGCGGCGUUAAGAUAACGGAUACUUCCUACUUGUAUAUGUUGGUGUUUAUGAGUAUAUCCACAUUGAUACAUUCGAAUACACGAACACCUUGGGAUAUAAUCCCAAUUGCCUGCCUACGACUUCAUGAUGCUCCAAUCAAGUAGUCUGCACUCUCGACUGCAAUAUCUUACGC